UCUUCUUCUUCAGAGUCCACACCAUUUCAGAGUUCAGAGUUCAGUUCAGUUCGCUGAUCGACGCCAAGAACCCUCCCGACCACCGGGAAACCGACCUGAGAAUUCUUCUUCUUCUUCUAGCUGCUGUUUCUUGGCUCCGGAAGAGAACGAUCAUGAAUGCCUCAGUUGGGAAUUCUUGAAGAUACCAAAAUGUACUUGUUCCUACUGACUGAGUAAUUAAGGACGUCCAUCCUACGAUCUACGGCCUUGUUUGGCAGUUCUGCUUGGUUUGAAAGUAGCUGAUGAACAUGCCAAGAUCAGACUAUUCCGAUGAUGGAGAAGACGACGUCUUCUUCGACGCGUUUGACGAUGACGACGACGACGACGACGAUAAGAACAGAAGCUCAACGGAGAUUAGUACAAGUGAAGCUGGGUACGAGCUGUGGGCAGGUGAGCCGAUGAGUGUCAGAGAAAGGAGACACAGAUUCCUGAAAGGAAUGGGGUUUCUUGAGCCCGGUCCUACCGGGACGGCCUUCCCCCAGUGGCUGGCAGAAAUCGCAACAACGGAUUGCUGCUCAUUUCACGAUUUCGAGGAGAGGAUCAGUAGCAUCUGCUCUUCCUUCCGUUCUUGCUUCUCUGACAGUAUUUUGGCAGCAACAGACAAUACUAAUGAUAGUGCUGAUAACUGCACAAGGGAUGUGGAUUAUAACAGUAGUGGAAGGAGAAGCACAACAUCUCAUGAUCAAGGCCAGCACGAUGUCCUCUCGGAGAUUGUUGAGGAGGCUGGAACAUCAUCUGAUGAAAUGGUGACUCCAAAUGCGCCUGAGAUUGUGCCUGGAUUCUCUAAACUAAUGCGAAAACUACUGCGCAUUCGCUUCGGUCACGGCCCUAAGAGAAACGAAUUCAAGAGCUUGUGGGAAAUCUUCAUGAGGAAGAAGGUUUCAGAUAGAGUACUUUCCAUGGAUGAUGUACAUGUCCAACCAAGAGGAUUGAACUCAGGCACAUUGUACAGGACAAAAGUUCAUCAGCAGAACAAGAAGUGGAUGGACUUCACUGCCGUCUACAUGUGCCAGGAGAUCCAGGCACACGAGGGAUUGAUCAGGGUGAUGAAGUUCAGUUCAUCCGGGUGGCAUCUAGCCAGUGGCGGCGAGGAUUGCGUCGUGCGCGUUUGGCAGAUCACAGAGGUUGAAUCUUCGCCUGAUUUGUACGGCAGAGAUGUUCCUGAAGACAUGAACAAGAAGAAGGACGUGAAAAUUAAGCCCCUCGCGAUCAUACCAAAGAAGGUUUUCAGUAUCACAGAGACACCUCUGCAUGAGUUUCAAGGCCAUACAAGUGAUGUCCUGGAUUUGGCAUGGUCAAAGUCAGAUUUUCUCUUGAGUUCAUCGAAAGACACGACAAUACGCAUGUGGAAAGUUGGCUGUUAUGACUGCCUUGCAGUAUUCAGACAUGGAGAUUAUGUUACAUGUGUUCAAUUCAAUCCAGUUGAUGAAAGGUACUUCAUCAGUGGCUCAAUAGAUGGCAAAGUUCGUGUUUGGGAUGUUUCAGACAAGCGAGUAGUUGAUUGGGAUGACACAAAAUACAUCAUAACAGCUAUAAGUCACCGACCAGAUGGAAAGGGUUUCGUUGUCGGUUCUGUCAAAGGGAGAUGCCGCUUCUAUGAUCAAUCUGGUCUUUUCCCAUUAGGUCGAAACAUUGAAAGGAACAAACUGAUGCGCAUAAAGCGGAGACGGUGUGCUGCCAACAAGAUUACCAAUAUUCAGUUCUCUCAGGGCCAUCCAUCUAGGAUGAUAAUCACAUCGAAAGAUCACAAAAUCCGAGUCUCUGAAGGUCAUAAGAUCACCCAAAAGUUUCAAGGACAAUGGAGGUCCAAGGUGUUGGUGCCUCCGUCGCUGACGCCCGACGGCAGGUACCUGAUAUCGGCGGGGAGGGACUCCAAGAUCCGCAUCUGGAACUUCGACGGCGGCGGCAGGCGGCGGAGGGUGGUGAGCUCGCGCGAGCUCUUCUUCUCCGAGGGCGUCACGGCGGUGGCGCCGUGGGCGAGGGCGAUGGGCGGCGGCGGCGGCGGAGCGGACGCGCCGACGCUGUGCUACGACCGGGAGCGGUGCUCGUUCGGCACGUGGUUCGUCGUGCCCGACGGGGCGGCGGCGGCGGCGGCUACGACGUGGCCGGAGGAGAGGCUGCUGCCGUCGCUGAGGUACGUGAACUGCGCCGGGAUGGACGACUGCCGGUCCCAGGUUCCGGCGGCGUGGAACAUGGUGGUGGUGACCGGCAGCCGCGGCGGCGCCAUCAGGGCCUUCCACAACUACGGCCUGCCGGUCAGGCUGUAGCCUGUAAGCCGGCGAGAUGUCGCCAUUGACUCUCAGCUGCUGCUGGCAGCUGGCAAGCUUGCUUGGCUAGUGAUGAGCUAUCGAGCUGCAUGCAUGCGUGCGUGGAGAAUAGUAAUUUUGGCAAAGUGCCAAAGCGGAAUAGGUAGAUUGGUAGCAGGGAAGAAGAGACUAGUAUGAACUGUAAGAAGGAAAGGAAUAUGGUACUCCAUAAAGUUAGAAAUAUUUCGCCAAAGUGAGGGAAGAAAGAAAGGGAGAAUGGUUGUUUCUUGUUAAA